AAAUCCUGUUUUUCUCAUUUCAUUCGAACGACCCAGUAAACUCAAGACGGCGGAGCCUCUCUCUCUCUCUCUCUCUCUCUCUCUCUCUCUCUCCGCCCUGUCGCAGCGCAUGUUGCCAUUCUUCUGUUUAACCUGCGAAGUUGUUCAUCUUUUUCCCCGGAGAUAGCUCGUCAGUUGUGUCUGUCCUGCUUCUUGAUCUUAACACAGUUCAUCCGAGGAGCUGUUCGGUUGUCCCUCAUCUAUCUUGAUAGAUAUUGAAGCUAUACUCGGUGGGUUCUUCUGGGAAGAUCCACUAUGUCUGCAUCAGCUUAGCAGAAAGUAAUGAUUGAUCAGCAACCUCUGCUACUUACUUCUGUUCAGCUCCCUUUACAUGUUCCCCUUGUAGCACUCAACCCCCUUUGAUUGGUCGAUCUUUGUACUGACUUGAUUCGGCAAUUUGCCUUGUUCUGGUUAUGAUCGAUAUAGUUUCAGCAAAGACAUUGCUUUGAAGGGCAUCCCUUUUGGUUCUGGGCUGUUUUGAUUGAAUAAAGUUGCUGAAAUUGUCCUCUGGGUUGUAUCACUAUUCGAGGAGGUAGGCUUUACUUGGGUUUGACUUUGGAUGGAGGAGCUGUGAGUCAUUGAAGAUCAGAUCUAUCGUGUACUGUGACGGUUCAUUCGGAUGGGCGGAUGAAAUUAGAUCUUCUUGUUAUUGAAGAAAGAGUCUUGUGUUGAGGAUUAGGAUUUGAUCCACAUGGGGAACAACUGUGUGGGCCCGGCCAUCUCUAAGAACGGGUUCAUCCAAUCAGUCUCGGCUGCGGUGUGGCGUUCUCGGUAUAAUGCCGAUGAUUCGGUCCGCAACAAUGCCGAGAAUGCUGAGGCAGCAACUCCCAGAGAGCCCGAGUCUCCAUUGCCGGUUCAGAAUAAGCCUCCUGAACAAGUCAUGAUCCCGAAAGAAGCAGAACCUAAGCAAGAAAAUCCACCUAAUAAGCCCAAGAAGAAGCCCCAAGUGAAGAGGGUCUCUAGUGCAGGGCUUCGGACAGAGUCAGUCCUGCAGAGGAAAACCGACAACUUCAAGGAGUUUUACCGCUUGGGUAAGAAACUAGGACAAGGGCAGUUUGGAACAACUUUCUUGUGCGUCGAGAAGGCCAUGGGAAAAGAGUUUGCUUGUAAAUCUAUAUCAAAGAGGAAGUUGCUUACCGAGGAAGAUGUGGAAGAUGUUAGAAGAGAAGUUCAGAUAAUGCACCAUUUAUCAGGUCACCCGAAUGUGAUUUCUAUUAAGGGAGCAUACGAGGAUGCUGUGGCAGUCCAUUUAGUUAUGGAGUUUUGCGUGGGAGGGGAACUGUUUGAUCGAAUUAUUCAGCGGGGACAUUAUACUGAGAGAAAGGCUGCAGAGCUUACUAGGACUAUUGUUGGUGUUGUCGAGGCAUGUCAUUCGCUCGGAGUUAUGCAUCGGGAUCUUAAGCCUGAGAAUUUCCUUUUUGUUAGUGAGGAGGAGGACUCCUUGCUUAAGACUAUCGAUUUUGGGCUGUCAGUUUUCUUCAAACCAGGUGAAAAGUUCACUGAUGUGGUGGGUAGUCCGUAUUAUGUCGCACCAGAAGUUCUUAAAAAAUGUUACGGUCCCGAAGCAGACGUGUGGAGUGCUGGAGUAAUUCUAUACAUCCUACUCAGUGGAGUUCCUCCCUUUUGGGCUGAAUCCGAGCAGGGGAUAUUUGAGGAGGUCUUGCAUGGUGACCUCGACUUUUCCUCUGAUCCCUGGCCCACAAUCUCGGACAGUGCGAAGGAUUUAGUGAAAAAGAUGCUUGUUCGGGACCCGAAAAGGCGGUUAAGUGCACAUGAAGUUCUAUGCCACCCUUGGAUCCAAAUCGAUGGUGUUGCCCCUGACAGGCCUCUCGAUUCUGCAGUUUUAUCUCGGUUGAAGCAGUUUUCUGCCAUGAACAAGCUUAAGAAAAUGGCUCUUCGUAUCAUCGCUGAGAGCUUAUCAGAAGAAGAAAUCGCGGGCUUGAAGGAGAUGUUUAAGAUGAUAGAUACCGAUAACAGUGGUCAAAUCACCUUCGAAGAACUGAAGGCAGGGCUGAAGAGAGUUGGAGCUAAUCUGAAGGAGUCAGAAAUUUACGAUCUAAUGCAAGCAGUAAGUAAAUGUAAUAUGAAGGAUUAUCACCUUCUAUUGCAAACAGGCUGUUUAUGUCGCAUAUAUGAGGUGAUUGUUGGCUUGGAAAAAUUGCAGGCAGAUGUGGACAAUAGUGGGACGAUCGACUACGGAGAAUUUAUCGCUGCGAUGUUGCAUCUGAACAAGAUUGAGAGAGAAGACCAUCUGUUUGCUGCCUUUUCGUAUUUUGAUAAGGAUGGUAGCGGGUAUAUCACUCCAGAUGAGCUCCAACAGGCUUGUGAAGAGUUUGGGAUUGAGGAUGCUCGCCUUGAGGAAAUGAUCCAAGAAGUCGAUCAAGACAAUGAUGGACGCAUAGACUACAAUGAGUUCGUGGCGAUGAUGCAGAAGGGAAAUGCAGGUGGGUUUGUGAAGAAAGCCCUAGGAAACAGCAUCAGCAUCCGCUUCCGGGAAUCUCCGAGAAAUUAGUUAAUACUCAGCAGCAUUCUUAAAUUAUUUUUCCGCUUCAUCAGUUUUGUCUCGGACAACCAAGUUCAUACGCGGUUAAUAGGAGAAAGAGGACUGCCAUACUUUGGAUCCCGAAAUUGUACUACUAUCUUCACAAGUGAAAGAGUUCUGUGUAAGGUUAUGUUGUUUUAAAUCAGAAUGUUCGGAGAGUACAAAUAUUCUUGUUCAAAUUCGCCUCGAGUUGGUUUGUGCUUAAUCUCAUUAUAUUGAUGUUUGAAGAGA